AUGCUUGUCAAUAAAUAUUUUACAAGUGUUUUUUUUUUUCUUUGUGCUUUUACUAUAGUUGGUAUAUUUGAAGGGAUUUCAUCAAUUUAUUAUAAAAUGACACCAACAUAUGGUCUUUCUGCAUAUAUCGUUUACUUUUUUCAACCAUUAGCCAGUUUUUGUGUCACCUGUACAAUAUGGCAAGUUUCAGUGAUCACCACUGAACGAUGGAUGGCUGUAUCGCAUCCGUUUAUUCAUCAAAGUAUGAAGGAUCGAUUCAAAUUAAAGCUGAUAUGCUUUACCACUGUUAUCUGUUCAUUUUUGCUAAAUAUUGUUACAAUACCGGUGGAACGAGAGCUCAGAAAAUGUCUUAAAGUUGAAGUAAAAAAUCAUAAAGCUGUUCUGUCUACCAGUAUACAACUUGUACAAAAAGAAAUUAUGAGUAAUCUUUAUUACGCUAUUUUCGUCUACCUGAUACCAGAUUUGUUGUUUCGAGCGCCGGUACCAACGAUACUAAUCGCUGUGUUAACCGCUCGAACAUUGCUAAUUUAUAAAAAACGGCGUGUCAACUCCACUCGUGUCAAUAUACAUCGCUCAAAAAGUAUUCCAUUUAUGCUUACUGUAUUAAAUCUGAAAUUUAUAUUAUGCAAUACGUUGUAUAUGUUUAAUACGGUACUGGUCGAAGUUAUGGGUUACGGUAGACUUUACAGCAGUCAAACCGAAACGAACAAAGUGGAACAUUAUGUUGGUACAUUGUAUCUAAGCGAUCUAUCAAAUAUGCUUUUAGCUUUACAUUCGGCAACAAAUUGGCUAAUUUUUUAUAACUGGAAAGCAAGAAGAGCUAAUCCAAGUUUAAGCAGUACAUUAACAACACGUUCUAAUGCCUUUUUGAUCGAUCCAAAAAAUGCUGAACAACUGCUAAGCAGGUUUACACCACAAAAACUACGAAUUGGUACCGAACUCUGCCAAGAUUCAGCACUGCUACGUGGAAAAUUGGUUAGAAAUUUUAGUUCUAAACGAGAAAGUAUUUGUGAACAUGAAGCUAUACGAGCACAUGGAAAAUUACUUGGAGAUUUUAUUGAAGGCAUACUGAUAAGUUUGGGAACAAAUAAUGCUUCGUUGGAAGAAAUUCGUGAAAAAUGUCGAAAAAUUGGUCGUAUGCAUUAUGAAGCUGGAAUCCGAUUUACAACAGCUCAAUGGAAACAAGCUCGAGAUCUGCUUAUAUGGUGUGUCAGUGCACCACCAAGCAAGUUAGUUUUUAAGUUUUCUCAAACAACUUACAUAUUUUUUUUUUUUUGCACUUAUUUUAUUGUUUCAUCAAAAAAAAUGAAAAUAAAAAACAAGAAAGUAUAAAC